AUGGAAGUAUUACUGGUAUUUAGUUACAUCGUUCGUUUCCUACCAAUAAUUCUGCAUUGCUCGGGAAUUUAUAUUUUAAUUAAAGAUAAAAGGUACAUCAGCGCGACCCAAAAAAUUUUGUUGCAAAACUUGAGUGUUUCAGAAAUUCUUCUUUCUUCUGUUUCAAUUCUUGGUUUUAUAAUAAAAGAUGUACAUGGUUUACAGUCCAUUGAAAGACGUUGUGUAUUGGUCGUAUUUUUUGUCAUCAACGCUCUUUAUUUUGUCAUUAUGGCGACAUUGACACUUGACAGAUUUGUAGAAGUAUACAUGAACAUAAAAUAUCCAAUUUAUUGGUCUGCAAGAAAGAUGAAGUUAUUGAUGGCAUGUGAAUGGAUGCUAGCUUUUCUUGGUGCAGUUUUUUCAUUGGCAAUCGUUCUGGUUGGAAGCAUGAGAAUGACAGCAUAUUUGUUGGGUGGGCGGCCAAGGUAAUUUUGAUUUGUUUAUUUUAUUGUUGCUGCUUUUUGAUGUCAUUAUAUGUUGUUCUUUCUAUGUUGUUAGUUUAACAAUGUAUAAUUUAAAAUGCAAAUUGUUCUUCGUGAAAUUAUACGGUUAUGGACACAAUCAUUAAAUUGAUCUGUAACUGAGAUAUGACUAAUGCUUAAGCUUUUAUCAUUUUCAUGCAUUUUCUAUCUUGCUUUUGUUUUUCACAAAUCUUACUGACAUUGUAACCCCGAUUUCUAGCCAACGAAAAUCAUAUGAAACAACCUGAAUAUAAGGCUGCGUGUUAUAAGUUUUAGACUAGAAAACAGAAUUUGUGCAAGUAAAAUUUGAUCGAAAAAGCAUAUUAUAAGUAAGUAAGUAAAGCAAAAUUUUAACGUCCUUUAGGAUUCUAUCCUAACGGCUGGCUCUUUCUCCCCUCGACUGUAACUAUGUUACAUUAGUGCUAGAGAUACGUGGUAUAGCAUUGCUUUAACUUACUUACCUACCACACAAGACGAUUAACAGUCAGCAGAUGGCACCAAAUGGGUUGACAACACUCCAUUUAAAGUGCGCCGGAGUUGGGAAUCGAACCUGAAAUCUUAUGAUUACAAACCGAAUGCGCAACUACUACACCAUCUACGCAAUGCACUACUACUACACCAUCUACGCAAUGCGCAACUACUACACCAUCUUUGCAAUGCGCUACUAGUACACCAUCUUCGCAAUGCGCUACUAGUAUACCAUCUUUGCAAUGCGCUACUACUACACCAUCUUCGCAAUGCGCUACUAGUACACCAUCUUGGCAAUGCGCUACUAGUAUACCAUCUUUGCAAUGCGCUACUACUACACCAUCUUCGAAAUGCGCUACUACUACACCAUCUUGAGACCAUCUGCUUAGCCGUACAUUUGUAUGUGCAGUUUCUUA